AUGGCUUGCCCAACGUCAUUUACGUCUCUGGCGACACAGUCUACCUCUAGGAGAUCCCCAAAGUAUUGUAGAAAUACCACGUCUCAGUUGCGAUCCUCAACAUUGGUUCAGCGGAGGUUGCGAUAUCAGACCCUCCUUUGCUGGUCGCCAUGGAUGGGAACGAGGCUGGGCGGCUGUUUCGCGAGAUUGGAGCGGAUGUCCUGGUGCUAA